AAUCACCAAGUCUUCAUACAGCAGCAAUAAUAUCACUAUGGCCACCAGAUCAGAAAACACUGAUUACCACCCUACCGGCGGUGCCACAGAGCACGUUGCAAAGCACGCCUCUUCAAAGACCGACUCCAGUGCCAGUACGCACCAUCUGCACAACACAGAAGAGACCAAGGGCGAUAAGGUUGAUAUCCGUUACCACCAAGCCAAUCCGGGGCCGGUUAUCCCCGGAGAAAUAAACGCUCAGCAAGAGGGGACGAAGGAGGAGCAGACUCCAAGAUGUGAGGUGAGGGAGCUGAAAGAAAAGGAUGCGCCUGGAAAACAGAGCCCGGGACGACGCUUGGAGAGCAGUUUGGAGGGAUCCAGUACCUAA